AGACACAGAUAGCAGCAGCUCUGACGCAGUUUCAUUUCUGAAGAAUUCUCCUUUGCAAUUUCAAAAAUGAGCAAAACAAAUGUUUAAAUCAGCCUUUAGUUUCUACUGUCUUUGUUUCUCUCUCUCUCUUUCUCUUGCUUUCUCUUUCUCUCGCUCUUUCUCCCCUCUUCUUUCUGUUCUGCUCUCUGUCUCAGUUCCUCUUUUACACUCUCUCGUUGGCACCACACACUUGCUUGCCAGAGGGCAUGUAAUGCUAUUAGCUUUGUACCCAUAAGUUUAUAUGUGACCCCGUUUGUGUACAUGCUGGCUCCAGGGCAGCAAGCUGAUAUAUAAGCACGGUCCUCAGUCAGGCUCCUUUUUCUCUUGCUUGCUCACCAUGACCACACUUCCAGGCUUUUCUGGAGCCAGGAUCUCAGGCUGCUGGGCUUUAAGGGCAGACAGCAGUGGAGGAGGUGAGGGCUCUUUGGACAGGCUUCUCCCAUCUGUCAACACAGGUCUUUCACCACGCAAACGAACCACCAGUCAAUGCAAAUCAGAACCCCCCCUGCUGCGCACAAGCAAAAGAACCAUCUACACCGCUGGUCGUCCACCCUGGUACAAUGAGCAUGGCACCCAGUCCAAAGAGGCAUUUGUCAUUGGUCUUUGUGGAGGAAGUGCUUCUGGUAAAACAACAGUAGCCCGGAAGAUAAUUGAAGCAUUGGAUGUUCCAUGGGUUGUGCUCCUAUCAAUGGAUUCCUUUUACAAAGUCCUUUCAGAUGAACAACAGUUGCUGGCUGCAAGCAAUGACUAUAAUUUUGACCACCCGGAUGCAUUUGACUUUGACCUGCUUGUCUACAUACUCCAAAAACUUAAACAGGGCAAAAGUGUGAAGAUCCCAGUGUAUGACUUCACUACACAUGGCCGUCAGAAGGAGUGGAAAACUGUGUAUGGUGCUAGUGUUAUUAUAUUUGAAGGAAUCAUGUCCUUUGCAGAUAAGGAGUUGUUGAAGUUGUUGGACAUGAAAAUAUUUGUGGAUACCGAUUCUGACAUACGGCUGGUACGGAGGCUUAGGAGGGACAUUACUGAGCGAGGCAGAGACAUUGAAGGAGUCAUAAAACAGUACAACAAAUUUGUAAAGCCUGCCUUUGAACAAUAUAUAGAGCCGACCAUGAGACUAGCAGAUAUUGUUGUGCCACGAGGGGGUGGAAACAUGGUGGCUAUUGAUCUGAUUGUUCAGCAUGUGCACAGUCAGCUGGAAGAGAGGAAACUCCGCUGGGAUAUGGCGGCACUGGCUUCUGCCCAUCAAGCUCAGCCCCUACCCCAAACUCUCUGUGUUUUGGAGAGCACACCGCAGGUCCGCGGUAUGCACACCAUUAUCAGGAAUAAAGAGACAAGCAGAGACGAAUUCAUCUUCUACUCUAAAAGGCUGAUGAGACUCCUCAUUGAGAGAGCACUCUCCUUCCUUCCAUCUCAGGUUCAUGUUGUUCAUACUCCCCAAGGUCAGGAUUAUGAAGGAAGGACCUUUCAAGGGAAGAGGGUCACAGGGGUAUCCAUCCUCCGGGCUGGAGAAACCAUGGAGCCUGCACUUAGAGCUGUUUGCAAAGAUGUCCGUAUUGGCAAGAUUCUAAUACAGACAAAUCAGGACACAGGAGAACCUGAGUUGCAUUACUUGCGUCUGCCCAAAGAUAUAAGUGAGGACCAUGUGAUCCUUAUGGACUGUACUGUGUCCACUGGUGCUGCAGCCAUGAUGGCAGUACGAGUCCUAUUGGACCAUGACGUACAGGAGGAUAAAAUUCUGUUAGUCUCUCUGCUGAUGGCUGAGAUGGGGGUCCACUCAGUAGCCUAUGCCUUUCCUCAGGUCAAAAUAAUCACCACUGCUGUUGACAAAAAGGUCAAUGACCUUUUCCACAUUAUUCCUGGCAUAGGGAACUUUGGGGAUCGGUACUUUGGCACUGAUGCACCGCCUGAUUGGAGUGAUGAAGACCUGGAUGAGCCCAGCUGUUAGCUACACUGACCCCAGAGACCUUACCUGAACUGGACAAGACUCAUAUAUAUAUAUAUAUAUAUAUAUAUAUAUAUAUAUAUAGUUGUGUGUAUAU